GAGACCUGUGAACGUCCUUUCUUAACCUUGUACUGACUAGAAUUUCUAGGACAGCAGGUAAUUUCCUGAGUUUGGCUCCCGGCAGAGAUGUACACUAGAGGAAACGCGAGUCUUCAAUUUCGAACGCCACUGUCCUCUUUCAAGACAAUCUUUUUUUCCCUGUAGCCCAGCAUGUGCCUAACGCGGGCCAAUCUGAUUAGAUCCGAGAAGCCAGCAGGCAAGAAGGGCUGAGGGCUGGACGGCCUAGCCUGCAGGCGGGACACGGACUGACAGGACUGGGCUCGUAGUCUAGCGAGGGAACACUGCUAGUUCGGGUUCCCGCGAGCCCUGACCGUCCCCGGGCCGAUCCGACAGAGAGGUCUCUAAUCUGCUCUUUGCACGAAAAUAAAACCCUUCGCUUGUGAUCCGAGCCAUGGGGAAGCUGCAGGAGGAAAAUGGGUGCAAACAGGCGCCGGCCUGGGUUACGAAGCGAGGGACUGUCUCCAAAUAAGAAAAUCACAAUUGGAGGCAAUCUACUCCCGACUGCAAAAUCAGUGCAACACUCCAGGAACUACGAGGUUCCCGAUCAACCGCAGGCCACCGAAACAGGAAGUGGGUUCGCCCCUUCCUUAGGCGCACCGGAAGUUGGGGCUUGCGCGGUGUAGUUCCCGCCCACUUCCUAAGACCGGCCUAUCUGACGGCUUCCCAGGACUUGCCUGCUUGCCGCAAUUUUUUCUCUCUGCUCUGAGACCCUCUUUCCGCAGCCUCGUUCCUUAAGCGCCUCGUAGAAAGGCCACGUGACCUUCGAGAACGUACUCCGUGGUUGCCAUUUGCAGGCGCUUCAAGGUGCCUACUGAGGGAUGACGUAUAAAUAGCGCGCCGCCUUCGGAAGGGCCUGCCUCCGCUUCCAUUGCGUUCCUACGCCGGCUUCUUUUGCCAGGCACGUGUACUGCAUAAUGGAGCUGGUCGCUGGCAGCUACGAGCAGAUCGUAUUUGGGUUCACAAUACGUCGCGGGCCCGCGGGGAGUGGCCAACAGGAGACAUGGACUCCUGUGGCUGACUUCACUAACCAUGGGCACACUGCCUCCCUGUCAACCAUGACAGCAAACAGUCGCUAUGUAGUCACUGGCAGCAAAGAUGAAACGAUCCACAUUUAUGACAUGAAGAAGAAGACAGAGCAUGGGGCUCUGUUGUAUCACCGUGGCACAGUAACUUGCCUGAAAUUCUUUGGCAGUCGGCACUUAAUCAGUGGAGCAGAAGAUGGGUUCAUCUGUAUCUGGGAUGCAAAGAAUUGGGAAUGCCUGAAGACCAUUAAAGCUCACAGGGGUCAUGUGACUUUCCUUUCUAUCCACCCGUCUGGCAAGUUGGCUCUGUCUGUUGGUACUGAUAAGACAUUGAGAACGUGGAAUCUUAUACAGGGAAGAUCAGCUUUCGUAAAAAAUAUAAAGGAAAAUGCUCACAUAGUGGAGUGGUCCCCGAGUGGAGGGAAGUACAUAGUUGUUGUGCUGAAUAAAGUGGAUGUCUAUCGCCUGGGCACGGCGUCUGUGAGCGGCACCAUCACAAACAGCAAGAGAAUCUCCGCUGUCACGUUCCUCUCAGACUCUGUCCUUGCAGUGGCUGGAGAUGAAGAAGUUGUAAGGUUUUUUGACUGUGAUUCCCUAGAGUGCCUCUGUGAAUAUAGAGCUCAUGAAAACAGGGUAAAGGCCAUGGUCAGUUUUGAAGUCCCAGACCAUCACGUUCUUGUCACAGCAUCAAAUGAUGGCUUCAUCAAAAUGUGGACACUUACGAAGGAUAAGAAAGAUCCCCCGUCUUUGCUGUGUGAGGUCAACACUGGUGCCAGGCUGACGUGUAUCAGCGUGUGGUUAGACAGCUCAACAAAGGAAAAGGCGAGCCUCCCUCCAGCAACAGAGCCCUGUCCUGACCAACCUAAGACGGUCGAAAAGGAUUCUGAUGACAUAAUUCAGGAGGAAACAUCAGAAGCUGCUAGCUCAGAAAAAUCUGACCUAACUGGUGACAGCGAGCAGCCAACAGAAGGAAGUAGCUCAGCACCAGCCAAGAAGAGGAAGAUGGCAGACAUGUCGGAAAAGAAGAGAAAAAAGAAAGUGUAACUCACAUGGCAAACCCCAGAUUUCUCCUCCCUAACAGAAUGUCUUUUUGACAGAAUUCUCCAUUUUUAAUAAUAUACCUAACUUUUCCGUGUGAGAACCAAAAGAAUUUACCCUGGAGAAAAUGUGCAGUUUAAAAAAAAGAACCACUUUUAGGUGGUGCUUUGUUUUGGUAAAUGAUAAAGGUAUUUUGGCAGAUGGCGUUUUAUUAUAUAUUGUAGUGUAUAGCAGUUGUUUACUUUUCACUGUUCAGAGCAAGUAAAUAUGUUGUAUUUAAAAUAAUACAGAGUUUAAAUACA